AUGUUCCCUGACGUUGCCGCGGACAAGUCGGAGUCAGAAUAUGCACGGCAAAGAUUGGAGUCUUGUCUUCAAGCCGCUUGGGAUACUCUAGACCAAGAUUUGUUUAAUAAGUUGGGUGCAAGUAUGAAUGAUCGCAUUGAGGCAGUCAUUGCGGCUAAGGGCUGGCACACUAAGUACUGA